AACAGGAAGACUGGAUGAGGCCAGAGAGGGAAGCCAAACGCACUGCUGGAGAAGAAGGAGCUCAAACAGCUGCAGACAGAGGACAAAGAAAGAACCAGAACACAGGAGGAAUGAACAAGGCCCAGGAAAAGGUGAAAAAUCUCCAGUCCACGUACACACUAAACUUAGAACGGAGAUUCAAGCAGGAAGCUACACCGGAGAAGAAAAACUCCAAGACAAAGGAAGACAUUUCAAAGCCAACCGCCAAGGAGAAGCAGAGGCCGUCGAAUAUGACCGCUCAGGUAUCCAAAAGCUCAGCGCAGAGGCUCAGCAGAGACCUGACCUGCUCCAUCUGUCUGGACCUCUUCAAGCAGCCUGUCUCCCUGCCCUGCGACCACACAUUCUGCCAGGGAUGCAUUGCUGGCUACUGGGCUGGCCCCAGAGGCUCCGGCCAGGGAGGGACAGGUUCCUGCCCCCAGUGCAGGAAGGUGUUCCUUGGCCAGAGCUACAGGCCCAAUCGAAUCGUGGCCAAUAUCGUGGAGAGCUACUGCCAGGGGCUGGAGGAAAGCGAGGCCAGUGCCGGGGUCGGGGGUCGGCUGGGCAACGUGGAGGGCGCGGAGAAGCCCGCCGCCCGCCCGCUCUGCGUGCGGCACAAGGAGGAGCUGAAGCUGUACUGUGAGGAGGAUCAGGAGCUGGUGUGCCUGGUGUGUGGGCUCUCACAAGAGCACAGGAACCACAACCUGGUCUGUGUCCUGGAGGCACAGCAGAGGCACAGGGUGUCUCUGAACAGCUCCAUGGACUCCCUGAAGGCAGAGCUGAACACAGCCCUGCAGUGCGAGCGCGAGGCGGAGGACGAGGUGAAGAAGCUCAAGGAGCACACGGCCGACCUGAAGCAGCGCAUCGAGGCCCAGUUCAGCGACCUGCACACCUUCCUGUACCAGGAGGAGAAGCUGGUGCAGGUGAAGCUGAAGACGGAGGAGAGGCGCGAGCUGAUCCGAUUGGACGAGCACAAGGCGCUGCUGUGCGUGGAGGUCUGCCGCCUGCAGAGGGCUCUGCACGACAUCGAGGACAAGCUGAGGGAACAGGACCCCUUCUCCCUGCUCCGGAACAUUAAGACCCUUCUGCAGAGGCCGUCCCUGAAGUUUGAGAAGCCCGUGCUCACCGCGCCCAGCCUGUGCGAGGGCCGCUUUGCAGGGCCCCUGCAGUAUCGCGUGUGGAAAUCCCUGAAAGGAAGCAUCUAUCCAGUUCCUGCAGCCAUCACCUUCAACUCCAGCACAGCCAACCCCUGGCUGAGCCUCACCUCCUCCCUCACCUGUGUCCGCUACCAAAGCUUCAACCACUCCGUUCAGGACAACCCCCACAGGUUCAACGCCGCCCUGUCGCUGCUGGCCAGUCAGGGUUUCACCCAUGGACGCCACUACUGGGAGGUCGAGGUGUACAGCAGCACCGUGUGGACCGUCGGGGUGGCCCGGGAGUCGGUGUCCAGGAAGGGAGUCAUCAAGGCCCUGCCGGCUAACGGCUUCUGGACUCUGUCCCUGUCCUAUGGGAUCCAGUACAGGGCUGGGACCGCCCCCCCCACCGUGCUGUCCCUGGAGGAGCCCCUGGCCAGGAUCGGGGUCUACCUGGACUACAAGAGGGGUCUGGUGUCCUUUUACAAUGCAGAGACCAUGACACAUCUGUACACCUUCAGGGAGGUGUUCACAGAAACGCUGUACCCUUACUUCAACCUCGGAUUUCUGGAUAAAGUCCAUGAAAACGAGCCUCUGAAAGUUUUCCUCCCCAAGAUCUGACUGGGGCUGGCUAGCUCCCACCGCGCACUCACAGACUGACAAUGCCUGAGGCCUACUGAAAUUUCAGUUCAAGUUUCAUUUGAAAGGCUUGAUGUCCUCCUGCCCUCAUCUCUAUGAUGUUUUGAGAUACAGUAGAAGAGAAGAUCUACUAUCAAAACAGAGAGAAAAAUGCUUAAACCGGUAUCCAAAUAAUAUGUAAAAAAGCCAGAAUUUUCUUAAUGACGUCACACAGCACUGCAGGACUGUUUUGUUUUGGCAUAAAUAGAAUAAUACAUGUCAGGGUUUCCCGCAGAAAAUGUGUCAGUUAAGGUGGUAGGAUGGAGUUUGCCAUCAGACCGGGGG